AUGGAACCAGGCCCUCACUUGGGGGUCCACGGCAUUGUGCGCCGGUCCAGCUCGUUCAACACGGGUCGCAUUGAACACCUGUACAAGAACCCGCAGGCUCACACUGAAGGGAACAUGAAGCUGCAUUACGGGGACCUCACGGACAGCACCUGCCUGGUGAAGAUCAUCAAUGAGGUCAAGCCCUCCGAGGUGUACAACCUGGGCGCCCAGAGCCACGUCAAGAUCUCCUUCGACCUGGCCGAGUACACAGCUGACGUGGACGGCGUGGGCACGCUGCGCCUCCUGGACGCCAUCCGGACCUGCGGCCUCAUCCACUCCGUUCGGUUCUACCAGGCGUCCACCAGCGAGCUGUUCGGGAAGGUGCAGGAGGUGCCACAGAAGGAGACGACGCCCUUCUACCCGCGCUCGCCCUAUGGAGCAGCCAAGCUCUACGCCUACUGGAUCGUGGUGAACUUCCGAGAGGCCUAUAAUCUCUUUGCUGUCAAUGGCAUUCUCUUCAACCACGAGAGCCCACGGAGAGGGGCGAACUUUGUGACUCGGAAAAUCAGUCGAUCAGUCGCGAAGAUUCACCUUGGACAGCUGGAGUGCUUCAGUUUGGGGAAUCUGGAUGCCAAGCGAGAUUGGGGCCACGCUAAGGACUACGUCGAGGCCAUGUGGCUAAUGCUGCAAAAGGAUGAGCCUGAGGACUUUGUCAUCGCCACCGGGGAGGUCCACAGCGUGCGUGAGUUCGUGGAGAAAUCAUUCGCACACAUCGGGAAGACCAUCGUGUGGGAAGGCAAGGCCGAGGCCGAGGUGGGCAGGUGCCAGGAGACCGGCAAAGUGCACGUGACCGUGGACCUCAAGUACUACCGGCCGACGGAGGUGGACUUCCUGCAGGGAGACUGCACCAAAGCGAAACAGAAGCUGAACUGGAAACCCCGAGUGGCUUUUGAUGAACUGGUCAGGGAGAUGGUGGACGCCGAUAUAGAGCUCAUGAGAAACAACCCCAAUGCCUGAGCCAGUACCCCAUUUGCCCUCAUUCCAGUGGCCUCUGUGGGUGCCUCAGAAUCUGAAAGUCCAGCACCCAGGAUCUGG